AUGGGAAAGAUCAUAUUCUACGAGGACAGAAAUUUCCAGGGUCGGCACCAUGAGUGCAUGAGCGACUGUGCUGACCUGCACACUUACUUCAACCGCUGCAACUCCAUCCGUGUGGAGAGCGGCUGCUUCAUGGUGUAUGAGAGACCCCACUACCUGGGCCACCAGUACUUCCUCCGCAGAGGAGAAUACUCAGACAACCAGCGCAUGAUUGGCAUCAAUGACUGUAUCCGCUCCUGCCGUCUAAUUCCUGCGCACCGUGGCUCCUACAAGAUCAGGUUGUAUGAGCGUCCUGACAUGAGUGGCCAAAUGCAGGAGGUGAACGACGAUUGCCCCAACGUCCAGGACCGCCUGCGUAUGUCUGACAUUAACUCGUGCAAUGUGGUUGAUGGCCACUGGCUGAUGUAUGACCAGCCCAACUACAAGGGCAGAAACUACUACGUGAGACCUGGCGAGUACCGCAGAUACAGCGACUGGGGCGGUGCCAGUCCAAGGAUCGGCUCACUCAGACGAAUCACUGACUCCAACUAG